AUGGUUUCCCCUGACAUGAACGGGACGGAUGGCUCGUCCAUCAAGCCCGUCUCCUCCCUCCGAGCCAAGUUCGAGAACAUGCACACGAAUACCUCUUCCGAACUCGGAUCAGGCCCAACUCCACCCAGAACGUUGUCUCCUUCUCCAAAACCAGAUCAGUCUCGAGAUGUACGGGCAUCCGAAGAAGCCUCGAACGGAACGCGACCCCCUCCCCCAAGACCACGAAGUGACCGUCUCUUCACGCCUGCGACACAUCUCCCUCUACCACAGCAGGAGCUGGCUCCUCGCUCACCCGCUCGUGCCGUCGGUCCUCCGCCUCCCUUGAGCCCCAGGCCUAUCAGGCCGCCUCCUUCGGUCAUGGUCCAACCACCCUUGUCGCCACCGAAAGCCGUCGGUACCAGACCUUCCCAAAUCGAAUCCACAACCUUCCUGAACCCCGACUCUGUUGCGUCGACACCUACAACUCCCGUGGUCCCGCCACGGCCGCUCAGAUCACCGAGUCCCUCCACGACUGUCCGGGAACCUAGAUCAGUACCCAAGCCGAACCCCGUCAAAGCUCCAUCGCCCCCGCCCCCAAGAAGAUCCGCCGAGCUGAGGAGGGAAAGAGAAUACAGGCAACCACCGCCGCCUCCCGUCAGUCGGGGAGCAAAGCCAAAGCCCUUGAUCCCCGCGCAGUCAAAUAUCCCACCGCAGGUCGAUCGCGCGCGCGAAACUGAGCCGAGGAAACUGAUCAAAGAAGAAACAUCCCCUUUCAGCAGCCCGCCUACUAGCCCGGGAAGCACCAACGGGGAAACACCUCCGCUACCCGCGAGGCCCAAGCCGCACGUUGUGCAGCCGGAAUUGUCACGCCCAAAGGCCUCGGACCUCGGGUUCAAGCCGCCGCCUAUACAUCACUCCCUGGCGUUGAAGAAGCAUCGCGAAAAUGAAGCGGCCGAUAGCACCCGAGAUCGGAUCACAGUGUCCCAGUUAACUGGUGAACAGCCGCCUGCGUUGCCUUCACGGCCUCAAACGGUGCCUGAGCCGGCUGUCGUCCAGGAGACACAGAGCUACGCAAUGAAACCUCCCCCCCGACCGCCCCGACUGGCUGCAACAUCAGUCUUAACCCGGGAGCUUCCGCCUGCUCCAAAACGGAUAGUCUCCACGCCCACUUCGCAGAUCCUCCCACCUCCGGGUCAGAUACCGGGACGUUCCAACACUGUAGUGGAUCGACCGUCAGAUAGAAGCGAUAAGGGCGCGGCGCAUGACGUUCGACCCUUACCCCAUCACGCCGUACCUACUUGCACGACCCCUAUUGCGUCUCAACCACCGGGCGCAAAGCCGGAAGUAACGGUCUCUGGAUACCCAGACCCCUCGAACACCAACCGUAGGCCACCAUACGUCAAGCAAGGGGCUCAUGAGUUGGCGACUAAGUACGAUACUCGUCUGUUCGACGUGUGCGGCGACUUGGUGUGUACAACCGGGCUCCUGACUCGGGUAUGGAAUGUCCGUGACGGGGAGAUGUUGAUGAGCUUUUCCCACGGAGAAGGUAUCAGGGCCACUGCUGUGGCAUUCAAACCUGGCCCCAACGUCGACGAGGAAGGCAAGCGCCUCUGGAUUGGAAAUAACAUGGGCGAGAUUAUGGAAGCCGAUAUUGCCACACAAAGCGUGGUGGCUAAGAAGGGCAAUGCCCACGCCCGCCACGAAGUCGUCAAGAUAUAUCGACAUUACAACGAACUAUGGACGCUGGAUGAAAGUGGCACAAUAGCUGUCUGGGGGCCUGACGAGGAACAUACGCCCAACCUGGACAGGAACCCGCAUCAGACCUAUCGCGUUCCCAGAAACCAUACGUUCUCCAUGGUGAUAGGAAGCGAGCUGUGGCAUGCGACGGGCAAGGAAAUUCGCGUCUUCGCGCCGACUAUGGCAGGCGAGACGCAGUUCCAGGUUCUCGUACGGCCGCUUACGCAGGAUAACGCAGGAGACGUUUCUUCUGGGACACUACUCCGAUCGCAGCCAGGAAAAGCCUUCUUCGGUCACAGCGAUGGGAAGAUCAGCGUAUAUAACACCAAGGAAUAUUCUUGUGUCGCCGUCCACAACGUCACUAGCUUCAAAAUCAAUACGCUGGCCGGCGUGGGCAGUUACUUGUGGGCGGGCUUCAACAAUGGCAGGGUCUGCGUAUACGAUAUCGAACCGACACCCUGGUUAAUCAAGAAGGAGUGGCAAGCUCACGAAAACCCCGUGGUCAAGAUUGCGAUGGACCCUUCAAGCUUUUACAGACUCAACCGGUUACAGGUCGUCUCCCUUGGGGCUGACAACAUGCUCCGGUUGUGGGAUGGGCUGCUGCAAGAUGAUUGGUACGAGGCCCAUAUGAAGGCCCAUGAAACGAGCUUCUGUCGGUUCGAGGAUUUGAAUGUCAUGGCCAUGACUUGGAAUGCCGGGGCCUCAACACCACACAGCCUCCGAUAUGCGGAGGAAGAUGCCGUCUUCAUUCGCAACCUGCUACAGUCCAGCGGCUCACCGGACAUCUUGGUAUUUGGUUUCCAAGAACUGGUUGACUUGGAAGACAAGACCGCGACGGCUAAACGCUUCCUCAAAUCCAAGAAGAAGGAAGGUCCGGACCAAGAGCGUAUGAGCCAUCAAUAUCGCGACUGGAGAGACUUCCUCCUUAAGAGCCUUGAUGACUAUAUGCCGGCUGAACACCUGUACCAUCUACUUCAUACAUCUACACUCGUCGGUCUCUUCACGUGUAUCUUUGUCAAGGCGUCAAUACGCGAUCGAAUCCGGAACCUGAGCUCGUCGGAGGUCAAGCGCGGCAUGGGCGGGCUCCACGGCAACAAGGGUGCCAUUGUCGUGCGAUUCAUGGUCGACAACACAUCCAUGUGUUUCAUUAAUUGCCAUCUUGCCGCAGGGCAAUCCCAGGCGAACAGCCGCCACAACGACAUUGCUGCUAUUUUGGAUACCCAGCUCUUCCCAGUCGAACGGGACCCCGACACCCGCAUAGACAGUUAUAUGGGCGGUGGAGACGGCUCGAUGAUUCUCGACCACGAACUAUGCCUUCUCAACGGCGACCUCAACUACCGAAUCGACACCAUGUCCCGGGACACCGUCGUCAUAGCCGUGAAGCAGAACAACCUUGCCAAGCUCCUGGAACGCGACCAGCUCCUUGUCGCGAGGCGCCGCAACCCGGGCUUCCGGUUGCGGGCUUUUGACGAGAUGCCCAUCACGUUUGCGCCGACGUACAAGUACGACGUAGGAGCCGACACAUACGACACAAGCGAGAAGCGUCGCUCCCCGGCGUGGUGCGACCGGCUGCUCUACCGCGGCGGCGGCAGGAUCAAACAGCUCGAUUACAGGCGGCAUGAAGUCCGCGUAUCGGAUCAUCGACCUGUCACAGGCCGAUUCAAGUUUACGGUUAAGUGGGUUGAUCCUAAAGCUCGCGCCAAGACAUGGAUGGACUGUCAGAUUAAGUUGGAGGAAGUUCGGGAGAAGGAGGGAUUAGAGGAGAAGUAUGGUUCCCAGCCCCUUUUCGUCCCCCCGUUGUUUGAUUGUCGGCGUAUCCCAUCGUGCUGA